UGAAACAUAAAAAUCCUGAUGCAAUUAUUCGGUCUACCUUAAAUAAAGUGGGCGGGUCUUAGGGUUCCAUCCAAUCAGCGAGCUUCUUGGGUUUUUUAAAUGGCUCCGUAUGUCAAUCAUGUGUGACCCUCCUCCCCCCUCCCUCCAAAGUCAACCUCCCCUCUCAAUCCCCACUACAUCUCUCAAUCGCCAUAUUGGGUACCGAGAGGUUCGUCUCCGCUCCCCGCAGCACGGAGCGACGUUGACAGCGAGCUUCGGUUCGUCCGCCCGUCGUUUGGAUGUUUGGUGUACGCCGUCCUCGGCUCAGAAAAGCGCAGCCGUGUCCGCCUCCAGCUCGACGCGUGCAUGGUCGUUUCACGCCUGUUUUGGAUCUUUCCCCGUGACUAGGACAUACUUUUUUUUUUUUUCUUGAGGUGUUUUUUGUUUUUUUUUCGUCUGAAAACUGGACGCUCCUGGCUGCUGCUUGAAUUUUUUGCCGUUUUCCGGGGGGGCUUAACCAUGUCUAACGUUCGACUUUCGAGCGGGAGCCCGACUUUGGAGAGGACGGAGCCCCGGGUGUCGGAACACCCGAAGCCGUCAGCCUGCAGGAACCUCUUCGGCUCGGUGGACCACGAAGAGUUGAAAAGGGAGUUCAAUGCACAUUUGCGGGAGAUUGAAGAGGUUGCCUCCGCCAAGUGGAGCUUCGACUUCGCGACUGACACGCCGCUGGCCAGCAGCAGGCUGGAGUGGGCGGCGGUGGACGCCAGGGACCUGCCGAGCUUCUACAGCUGCCUGCCGCGGCGAGAGCGAGGCGUCUGCCCCGGGAAUAACAAUGUGGAUCUAAACGGGAAUCAUAACUGUGUCGGGAGAGAUGCCAGCCGCGCUGACGCGCAGAUGGAGUGCACGGAGCAGUGCAGCGGGCAGAGGAAGAGACCUGCGUACCACGACCCGUCGGCCCCAAGUAAGAAGUCUCACACCAGCCCGGAGGAGGUUAGCUGUCCGAGCCUGAGCCAGUCCGCAGAACACACACCCAGAAAGACCAGCCCCAAGAGACAAACGUGAGCACGGCGAAACGCAGAGCUCAAGAUGCACCCCUCCCACUUCUUUUUUUUCUGUAUGAGUGUGUUUGCAUACGUGCGUGCAUGAGUUUUUUUUUGGACGAGGAUCUACACAGCAUCAGAAACAUAUCAGCUCUCCUGAGGACGGGGGAGGACGCUGUUGAAGCACUGAAGAGAAACACUAAAGUUUGUGGCACUCAAUGAAAUGUUACUGCCUCUAACAGCAGUCCAUGUAGCAGCGUGCAAUUAGGUUUGAUUUUUUUUUUUAACUACCUGUGUGUAAAUAAUUUAAUAAAUAAAUAUAUGUUUUCUAUGUAGCACAUAAAAACAUUGAUUUUUUUUUUUAAAGAAAUCCUUUAUGUAAAAAGGUGUGAAUUUUGAUUUGACUUGAAUUGUUAAGUUUCAAACAUGUUUCCAAAAUGCUGUUCUGUUUGCAUUUUAUUUUAUUAUUAUUAUUAAUAUUUUUAAAAGGCACUGUGGUGCUGACCCAGUCCAUUAAUGCUACAUUUAAAAAACAGAAUCAUGGUUUCUUACAGUUUCUCAACAGUGUGCCUUUACGCCGUCAUCUUCAGCAAGGAAUGGUACAAAUGUAGCUCAUCUGGUUAGUAAAUAUGUACAUUUUUUUUCCCCCUUUUUUAUGUUUGAGGCCACUUUUUUCUAAAAAGCUACAGGAUGAAAUUAAAAAUUUCAGCAAAGUACCUUUUUUCUUUUUUUAAUUUAUUUUAAAAUUGGAGUUCUCACAGCGUCACUUUCUGUGAUGCUUUUAUUUUUGUAAAUGUUUCUAUCUUCAGAGUACUCAUUUUUUGAAGGACAAACACCAUUCACA